CUCUAAUGAGAAAAAAAAAAAAAAAACAAACAAAUCUGAGAAAAAUUAUUUUCUAAGAAAAUUUAUUUUUUCUCCCCUCCUUUCCUGUUCGUACACAACAUGAAAAAGCCAUCCUCAAGUUUCCUCUGGGAAUAAUGUCACUCUCUCUUCCUGGUGUGUGCGUGGGAUUUUCCAGGCUUCUACGGAAGGUGGGAUUUGACUUUGAGCCGAAGAAACUUUUGGCAUUAUUUUGAGGGCUAAGGGAUUGGGUUGUGAUCAAAGACUUGUUUAUUUUUUCUUUUAAUCCUUUUAAUGGUUGUUUAAGGUGGAUGGGUUUUGAUGGAUUUCAAGGCAUUUUGGUUCUGAUGGAGAUGAGAUUAUACUCUUUCAGACUCUCAUUUUUAACGGCUCUUCGUGGAUGAUUGGUUGGGAGGGACGAAACGUUUUGAUUCCUAAAUGUUUCGGAGAGGAAGAAGAUUGAGGAAGCUUUUCUCUUUCUGGGUCUGAUAAGAUCUUUUUUGGAGUUUCGAUUAUUUUGAAAAUGGAGGAGGAGGCUAAUUCUUGGAUAAGGAGGACAAAGUUUUCUCAUACAGUUUGUCAUAGAUUGGAUUCAGCAAGGUUAGGGACUCUUGCUCUUCCGAUUCAGCAAGAGAGGAACUCGGGGUUGAAAACCAGACCAGGAGCAUCUUCCUCCAAUUUGCAGAACCAGAAAAAUCAUGUUUUCUCCCAGAUUCAGAGAAACCCUGUUACCAACAAACAGAGGUCUCUUUCUCCUGUUAUUCAGUCUAUUCUGUCUGAUACUUUUAAGGAAGCAAGGUCUGAUAGAAAGAGAUUCUCAACUCCAAUUCCCAAAAGGAGAGAAUCCAACAAGGGAAUCAAGGGAAAGUGGUCUUUUAAAGAUACGGCAGACAACAAGUCUUCCCGUUCAUCAUCUCCAUCGAAUAUAAGCCCGCUUAGGCACCUGGGUACGAUGAAAAUUCAAGAGAGAGUGAGGAGCAGAAAGGAUUCAGCUUGGACCAAGUACUUUGACCAUGGAGGAGGAAGGGUUAAUGCUGUGGAGGCAGCUGAUGAUCACACUGUUGAUCUCUCUAAGCUGUUUCUUGGCCUUAGGUUUGCACAUGGAGCACAUAGCCGGCUUUAUCAUGGGAUAUAUAAUGAUGAGGCUGUUGCAGUCAAGCUUAUUAGGGUACCUGAUGAUGAUGAAAGUGGAACCUUAGCAGUUAGACUGGAGAAACAGUUCAACAGAGAAGUAACUCUUUUAUCUCGACUCCACCAUCGAAACGUAAUAAAGUUUGUAGCAGCAUGUAAAAAGCCUCCAGUUUAUUGUAUCAUCACAGAGUAUUUAUCGGAGGGUUCCUUGCGGGCUUACUUGCACAAGCUAGAGCAUAAGUCUCUUCCAUUGCAAAAAUUAAUUACAGUUGCUCUGGAUAUUGCUCGUGGAAUGGAGUUCAUUCAUUCUCAAGGUGUCAUUCAUCGGGAUCUAAAGCCUGAAAAUGUUCUUAUUGGUGAAGACUUCCACCUGAAAGUAGCAGACUUUGGUAUAGCAUGUGAAGAGGCCUACUGUGAUUCAUUGGCCGAUGACCCAGGUACUUAUCGUUGGAUGGCACCUGAGAUGAUCAAGCGUAAAACAUAUGGACGAAAGGUUGAUGUUUACAGCUUUGGACUGGUUUUAUGGGAAAUGGUAGCUGGAUCCAUACCAUAUGAGGACAUGAAUCCCAUCCAAGCUGCUUUUGCAGUAGUGAACAAGAAUUUAAGACCUGCUAUACCAGUGGGCUGUCCGUCUGCUAUGCGAGCUUUAAUUGAGCAGUGUUGGUCCUUGCAACCAGACAAGAGGCCUGAGUUUUGGCAGAUAGUGAAAGUAUUAGAGCAAUUUGAAUCUUCACUUGCUCGUGAUGGGACCUUGAAUCUGGUUCAAAAUCUCUCCCAUGAUCAUAAGAAAGGGCUUCUCCAUUGGACAAAGCUUGGCCCUACGCAUCCAUCUAGUUCCCCUAUGCCUAAACCUAAGUUCACAUGAAUCUUCUUUAUGACCUGGCUUUUGUAGUGUUUGCAGGUCAGUUGUAAUUAAAAAGGUUCGUUUUUUUAAUCUUCUUUAUUCAUACUCUAUGUUACAUUCAUUUGAAAGUUAAUUAAUAGAUUGGUAGGCGUGCUUUGAGAUAAAAA